AUGAUUUAAUAAUUUAACUUGGAAUCAAACUAUUAAUCACUACCUGAUAGUAUAAUAUUAUAAACAAUUUCAUACGAACCUGAUGUCAAAGUAGUGGAUUCCAAUAAUAAAUAAUUUCUACGUCCAGUAUUUAUUGUCUCUAUUUUAGACUGUUUCCAAAUAAUGUAUUCAUCCAAAAGUUUGUUUUGAAUUUGAGACUAUAGUUGAUAAAAUAUAAUAAGAGGGUUAUUGGUAAUGUGAGGUUUGCAAAACUGUCUGUUAAUAAACAGAUUUGUGUAAAGAUUUUAGAUAUUAGGUAAAUAUUGAAUUUAAUGAAUUUGUUACUAAUGUUAUGAUAAUUGAAGGAAAAUUAUUUAAUAAAUCCUCUAGAAAAAAAAGAUAUUUAGAACAUUUUACCAAAAUGAAUAUUAAAACUCAUUUAAAAAAUUUAUAUCAAAGGUAUGUCGCAACAGAGUCAUCUAUAAAUUAAAUAAUUAUUAGAGAAUAAAAAAAUUCUUAAAAGAUAAAUACAGGAACUAAUUAAAGAAUUUAAUAUUGGGCUUUUUGUUUGUAAGAUAAAGUAAAAAUUACUAUUCCUGUAAGAAUUAUAGGAUGUAGACAUCCUGAAUGUUAUGAAUUAACAAGUCUUAUAUAAUUACAAGUUCAAGGAUAAGAAUAAUUUUAUGUUUGUGUAUAUCCAGGAUGUGAUAACCCAAAAAAGAGAAUAGAUAUUUCUACAAUUGAUAGUUUAUUCAAUUCUCUUUCAAUAGAUGAAGAUUUAUUAUAAAUUAUAAAAAAAAGCAGUCCUAGUUCAAUGAAAUUUAUCUUUAACUAUUAAACUUAAAAAUUUGAAGAAGAUGUUUUUAGAGAAAAAGGAAGGAUAAUUGAUCCUACAAUCAAUAAUUUUUAUUAAAAAAAUUCAAAAGAUAUAAAUAUAUCCUUUGAUGAAUUUUAAAAAUAAGUAUAAUAACAAGUAGCACAAAUAUGUUAAAAUGAUCUUUUUGUAGAAUGCCCUUAAUUAGAGAAAGAAUUAAGUUCUUAUAAAUUUCGCAAUUUAGAAAUAAAUAUGAAAGAUUAACUAACAGAUAUGAUAAUUGAACAACCUGUUAGAUGUAAAUAUUGCACCAAUUUUUCAAAAUGUUUAGAUUUGAAAAGUUAUGCUUGCGAAUUUAUUAAAAAGAAAUUAAGAAAAAAUACAGAUAAAUUCAAAUGUCCUCUAUGUUAAACUGAAUUUAAAGUCUCUUUGGCUUCAUGUGCAUUAUCAACGAACAUCUACUUAGAUUAAAAUUUAUUAUUUCGUAUGUUUAAAGACUUGUCUUACAUAUAAACAUAAAAAUUUUCAUAUUUAGGACAAUAGUAUAUGAUUCAAGAAUUCUAGGAAAGAUAAGUAUUAACAAAAGCAGAUUAUAUAAAUUCACUAAAAUAAAAAGGAUCAAGCUUAAAAAUAGAAUUCAAAACAAUUUUUUGUUCUUUAAAUAAAAAUUAAAAAUUAUCAAUUCCACUUUUAUUACAGAACUGUCCUAAUAAAUUAGUAAUUGAUUUCUAAACUUUAUAUCAAUAAAUGGAAUAAUGCAAUUUUAAACUUGAUAAUGGUUUGAUUUUAUGUAAAUGCUCAAGUUGUAAUACUAAUCCUAUUAAAAAAUUGGCAGGCUAAAUUUUUUAUCAUGAAGCCUUUGAUUAUGCUCUAAAAAAAUUCUAUUAAUCUAAAAGCAAUUAAAUUUCAUUUUCUUUUGAUUUUAUGAAUGACAACUUAACUUAAAGUUAAGCAGUUGCUGACUCUUCUGCAUUAUAAAAUAUUACUACCCCUUAAAGAAUGGGAUUUUUGGAUAUGUUAAAUGAUGAAGAUUAUUAGAAUAUAUUUGGUAAAAAAUUAUUGGAAGGAAGAACUUUUUAAAUCUUAAAUAUAACUGAAAAUCUUUUUGAUGGAAUAGAUGUAAAAUUUAAUUAAGAAGGAGUAUAAAAUAAUCUAUAAGAGAAAAAAGAUUCUAUGAACUAAAUUUUUAAGAAUGAUCAAACCUUAAGUAAAUUCAAGUUUGAAAUUAAAGGAAUCUAACUAUAACUUAAUGAUAAUCCAAUAUUAUCUAAUUUAGAUUUUUAGGCAUGA